AGAAAGCUCAUUCUCUCUGCCUCUCGCUUCAGAUGCAGGGAUGGACCACAGAGCUGUGACUGUAUACUAGCAGAGAGCAUGAUUGGACUGGAGUCUCAAAGGAGUGUCAGCAGCACUGUGAAUGAAGCUCCGUGGCUCACUUACCAUAGGCUCUGUCUGUGUGAGAGGAAACAGGGAUCAUUAAAGUGAGCGGAGCAUCUCAGGGCAGAGCAAUGUGGCUAAGAGCAACGGGGCAUGGGAUCCGUUCACCUUUUGGAUAAUUUCUGUUCUUGCCCACAAAGCUGUGCAGCGUCCCCUGUGCAAGUGGGUGGCACGUGGAGCCAAGGUUUUAUAUGGCAUUUGCGAUAAAUGCAAGAUCCAACUUUUUUCUAAAUUUUGUUGCUUUGGGUACAGUGUCUCUCUCUCUCUCUCUCUUUUUCGUUUUUGGUAGUGGGGUGGGCCGGGGGGGGAAAGUGUGACACCGGAGGGAAUGUUUUCUUGUUCAGAAGUCUCUCUCACGCGGAAGCACGCUGUUCCCUUACUCCUGGCUAAGCAGACUCCAGUUCACCAACUUGCACGCUUAACUCCUUGACAGAAUGGCAGGCCAAAGAACAGCUGGUGCAAAGCAAUAGGGGGAUAAGGAAAGAGGAAAAUAAUUAAUAAGCCUAUCACCCCUACCGCCAACACUCAGCAACUACUGCAUCACUGCUAACCACGGACUGCUCGGAAGUCACCAUGCGCAGGUCUAGCACCGAUGAAUCGACCUAUCACAGGAGCCCUUCUUUGGACAGCAAGGAUUACAGUUUUCCAAAUGGCGCCUUCCGUCGCUACAGCAGCAUGUAUGGCGGCCAAUUUGGAGCUGCCAGCAACUCAUUUUUUGGAUUCCACACCAAUCCAGGCCCUAAGGCCACCAAGGCUAAGUACACGUCCCCCAAGGGAAACAAGUACGUUGUCUUUUACCUGGAUCUCUCAUUUAUUUUUCUCCUAGAACUGAAGAGGUGCAGCAUGGCUCACAACUGUCUCCAGUGUAUCAAGUACCUAAUGUUUGUCUUCAACCUUCUCUUCUGGCUUGGUGGUUGUGGGAUCCUUGGAGUGGGCAUCUGGCUGGCUGUUACCCAAGGAAACUUUGCUACCCUCUCCUCCUCCUUCCCAUCCCUCUCGGCUGCCAACCUGCUUAUCGUCACAGGGACUUUCGUGAUGAUCAUCGGCUUUGUGGGCUGUAUAGGUGCCAUCAAAGAAAAUAAGUGCCUCCUGCUGAGUUUUUUUAUCAUGCUGUUAAUUGUAUUCCUGCUGGAGCUCACCGUUGUGAUUCUGUUCUUCGUCUACACCGACAAGAUUGAUAAGUAUGCUCAGCGGGAUCUGAAGAAAGGGCUUCACUUGUAUGGGACAGAUGGAAAUAUUGGCUUAACUAAUGCGUGGAGCAUCAUUCAGACAGAUUUCAGAUGCUGUGGGGUUUCGAACUACACUGACUGGUUUGAAGUGUACAAUACUACACGGGUGCCAGACUCAUGCUGCCUGGAAUUUAGUGAGAACUGUGGACUUCAUUCUCCAGGGACCUGGUGGAAAGCUCCUUGUUAUGAAACGGUAAAAGUAUGGCUCCAGGAAAACCUGCUUGCUGUGGGGAUCUUUGGAUUGUGCACAGCUUUGGUUCAGAUUCUUGGACUGACAUUUGCAAUGACGAUGUAUUGUCAGGUGGUCAAGGCAGACACCUACUGUGCAUAGAAACCAGUCCCAGUUUUCAGAUUCUUCUCUAAAGGACACAGGAGAAAGCUCCUUCAUGCUCAUUCAUCUGAUCUUCCCCCUUCUCCCCAUGUAAUAUAAACUGUGUAUAAUCCUAUUUCUCUGAAGAUUUUGUGAAUCACCCUAGCUUUAUGGAGAGAGGAAGAAAAGAAAGAGUCCAUGUUUGGAUUGGCAUAGGCAGGAGGAAAUAUCUUUAUCAUUCAAGAAAAGAGAUGCUCCAGUAUUGGGUCCUUUACAUGGAUUAUGGCAAGACUGAAAUGGCCACUUAAGAGGAACUGAUUUGCAAGCUGAUGUAAGAGAAGACUGUAAACAGUAACGAGAGCUUGGUGAAUUCAGCAGGAUUUCCUUCCCAGAUAUUGUGGUCCAGAACUGGGGAGAAUGAAGACUCUCCAGCAUGGAAAUAUUCUUCAGUGUGGGAAGAGAGGGAACAGAGUUGCUAGCAUUGAAUGGAAUUGUCAUUUUACUACAGCUUGCCUUUGUGUGCAGCUAAAUACCCAAGCAACCAGCCUGGCUCCAGAGUAUCUUCAGAAGCCUAUGUGACCAGGAGCAGAUCUUCUUUCUGCAGAAGCGUGUUUUAUUUUAAAGGAGUGUUUUUAAUCUUGUGUGCUGUGAAGUCAGGUGUUAAUCAAUCAGAAUCUGUGCUAUGAGAUCUGGCUGGCAAGGGAAAAGUCUUAUUGGAC